ACCCUAAAGAUGCUCUGGACUGGAUCAAGGAGAUGGAACGAAUCUUUAACCUCCUUGAGUGUCCUGAUGAAGCAAGAGUGGAGUAUAUGUACUACCUGCUCAGGUCUGAUGCUUAUGACUGGUGGUUGACCGUACCCGGGGCUCAGGAUCGUACUAUUCGGUAUACCUGGGCGGAAUUUCUUGAGAAAUUCCGUAAGCAAUAUGUGCCUGAUCUGUAUGUGGAUAGGAAGAAGAAAGAGUUUCUGGACCUGAAACAGCAAAGGGGGCAGACUGUUAAAGAGUAUGAUGCCACUUUCCAUCGUUUGAUGACCUUCGCGAUGGAGUUGGUACCUACUGAACGAGCUAGAUGUAACCGCUAUGAGCAAGGCCUGAAUCCCCCAGAUCAAGAUGAUAGUAGCAAAAUCAGAGACGACUGAUCUUGCCACCUUGAGAGAGGCUGCCAUGAGAGCAGAGGAUUUGGUGAAUGAAAUGGGAGCACAAAUGGCUGAAGGAAGGAAGAGAACGUGGAAGAAUGUGGGUUCCUCGAGUGCUGGGAACUCAUUCGGGGGUAGACCUAAUCAGAGUCCGAAGAUUUCACGUCCAGUGGCCAGUUACCCCGGACAGGAGCGGAGAAGUGCAGGCCCAGCUCCUAUUUGCCCACAUUGUGGGAAUCAGCAUGUGGGUGUUUGUAGGAGGGUGACUGGUGGGUGUUUCCGAUGUGGAGACACCAGCCACUUCCUCCGUGAUUGUCCCCACAUGUCAGAGUCCAGGCCUGCUGGAUCCCAGACCACAAUUCAAGGGUCCAGAAGGACUGGAGGUUCAGUGAGAGGAUCAGGAAGAGGUGGUAAUAAUCGUGGCAAAAGUCAGGGUGGACAGAGCAGUCGGGGUGAAGUGCAGCCACGAGCCUUUGCUAUGACUAGGAGGGAGGCUGACAUCUCUCCAGAGGUCGUUACUGGUAAGGAUCAAGCCGGGGGCUCAUCCAAAGGCAAGGGCAUAGCCGAGUGAAGACAAAACUAUCAAGAUCAGAAGUAAGGUCUGUACUGUAGAUAUCGGGACUCAAGCGUGAAGGGAAGCCAUGAGGUGGGCGGCGGACUCCGAACUCCUUAAAUGUUUUAUGUUGUGUGGAUUUUGUAACAAAGCGGACUUCCCCGGUUUUCUGUUUUGACUCUGAUGAAAAUGUAAGUUAUGGUUUGAAGUUUAAAAAAAAUAUAUCUGUAGAGCUCGGGCCCGAGUAUGUUUAAAUUCGAUGUAUUUUACUGUUUCGUUUUGUAAUAUAAAGUAAGGGUUUCACA